UCUCCCUGCUGCCCCCGGUCCGGGGCUGCCAACCAUGGCUCUGCGAGAGGCCGCGGCGCCUGAGGAGCUCGUUUUCUAUGUGAAUGGCAGGAAGAUAAUAGAGAAAAAUGCUGAUCCUGAACAAAUGCUCUUGUCUUAUCUGCGAAAGAGGCUCCAUCUUACAGGAACUAAGUAUGGCUGUGGAGGAGGUGGCUGUGGUGCCUGCACAGUGAUGAUAUCAACUUAUGAUCCAGCUUCAAAGAAGAUACGACACUAUUCAGCCAAUGCAUGUUUGCUUCCCAUUUGCUCCUUGUAUGGUGCAGCAGUAACUACAGUGGAAGGUGUUGGAAGUACAAAAACCAGGAUUCAUCCAGUUCAGGAAAGACUUGCCAAGUGCCAUGGCUCCCAGUGUGGUUUCUGCACGCCUGGAAUGGUGAUGUCCAUAUACACUUUACUAAGAAACCACCCAGAACCAACUUCAGAGCAGAUGAUUGCAGCUCUGGCUGGGAACUUGUGCCGCUGUACUGGAUACCGGCCAAUCCUAGAUGCCUGUAAAACCUUCUGUAAGGAAUCCAUUUGUUGUCAAAGGAAAGCAAAUGGAAAAUGUUGCUUGGAUCAGGAAGAUGAUUUGUUUGACAGUGAAGAGAAGGUCUCCACCAGCCUGUUUUCAACAGAUGAAUUCCAGCCGUUAGAUCCCACCCAGGAGCUUAUAUUCCCUCCAGAACUAAUGAGAAUGGCAGAAAAUCAACCAAAAAGAACUCUGGUUUUUUGUGGGGAGAGAGUAACGUGGAUUUCUCCUGUAAGCUUGGAUGAACUGAUGGAUCUGAAAGCUGCCCACCCCAAAGCACCUCUUGUGGUUGGGAACACCAGUGUGGGACCUGACAUGAAAUUCAGAGGUGUGUUCCAUCCAGUUCUUAUUGCUCCUGCAAGGAUCCCAGAUCUGAAUGUGCUGAAAUACACGAAUGAUGGAUUAACUCUGGGAGCUGCCUGCAGCCUCUCUCUAGUGAAAGACAUCUUGACAAAUGCAAUUGCCAAGUUCCCUGAAGAGAAGACGAGAGUUUUCUGUGCUGUCUUGCAGCAGCUGAGAACUCUGGGCGGAGAACAGAUAAGAAAUGUUGCUUCUUUUGGUGGAAACAUCAUAAGUAGAAAAUCAACCUCAGACUUGAAUCCUGUUCUGGCAGCCAGCAACUGCAUGCUCAACCUGGCUUCAAGAGAACAAAAGCGACAGAUUCCUAUGACUGACAUUUUUGCAGAUGGAGUUGGUAACAAUACCAUUACACCAGAAGAGAUCUUAGUUUCUGUCCUUAUUCCCUAUUCUAGGAAGGGGGAGUAUGUCUCUGCAUUUCGACAAGCACCAAGACGGGAAAAUGCUCUUCCAAUAACCAAUGCUGGGAUGAGAGUCCUUUUUGAAGAAGAUACAGAUAUUAUAAAGGAUCUAAGCAUUUUCUAUGGAGGUGCUGUCUCAACAACAGUCUGUGCAAAACAAACCUGUUCAACACUUAUUGGAAGACACUGGAAUGAACAAAUGUUGGAUGAAGCAUGCAGACUAGUUCUUAAAGAAAUUGCUCUUCCAGGCUCAACUGGUGGUGAAAAUGUAGACUAUAAGAAAACUUUGAUGGUCAGUUUCUUCUACAGAUUUUUUCUGGAAGUAUCACAGUCAUUGAAGACAAUGGAUCCUUGCCAUUAUGCUGGCAUACCUAUGGAAUAUGAGAGUGUUCUUCAAGAUUUCAAAACCAGAAUGCCCCAGAGUAUCCAAGUAUACCAGGACGUAGAGCCAAGCCAGUGUCCCCAGGACCCUGUAGGACGGCCUAUUAUGCACCAGUCUGGGAUAAAGCAUGCCACUGGUGAAGCAGUCUACAUUGAUGACCUUCCUUCUGUGGAUGGGGAGCUUUUCCUGGCUGCUGUCACUAGUUCCAGAGCUCACGCUAAGAUUGUAUCUAUAGAUACCUCAGAGGCCCUAAAAGGAGCAGGUGUGUUUGAUGUCAUAACAGCUCAUGAUGUGCCAGCUGCAAAUGAGUUUUAUUUUUAUGAUGAUCCGGAGAUUAUAUUUGCAAGAAACGAGGUGAUUUGUGUGGGUCAGAUUGUCUGUGCUGUGGUCGCAGAUUCAGAUGUUCAUGCCAAACAAGCAGCUGCAAAAGUGAAGAUAGAGUAUGAAACACUGGAACCAGUAAUUUUAACAAUUGAGGAAGCUAUAAAACACAACUCGUUCUUUGAGCCAAGCAGAAAAUUAGAACAAGGAAAUGUUGAUGAGGCAUUUGGAACUGCUGAUAAUAUAAUUGAAGGGGAGAUUUGCAUUGGGGGACAGAAACACUUUUACAUGGAGACUCAGAGUAUGCUAGCUGUUCCAAAAGGAGAGGAUAAAGAAAUGGAUUUGUAUGUGUCGACACAGCAUCCAGCAAUUAUUCAGGAGAUGGUAGCUGCAAGUUUAGGUGUUCCAGCCAACAGGAUCAUGUGCCAUGUUAAACGAGUUGGUGGAGCUUUUGGUGGGAAAAUCCUGAGAACAGGUUUAUUGGCAUCAGUUGCUGCAGUGGCAGCAAACAAAACCAGCAGAGCAGUCCGUCUUAUUCUAAGCCGAGAGGAUGAUAUGGUAAUCACUGGUGGCCGACAUCCCUUUAUUGCUAAAUAUAAAGUUGGCUUCAUGAAUGAUGGUAGGAUCACAGCUGUGGAUGCCAAAUAUUAUGUUAAUGGAGGAUGUACCCCUGACGAGUCUGUCCUGGUAGCAGAAGUAUCCUUGUUAAAAAUGGACAAUGCGUACAAGAUUCCCAAUCUCAGAUGCUGGGCAUAUGUCUGCAAAACAAACUUGCCGUCAAAUACAGCAUUCCGAGGCUUUGGCUUUCCUCAGUCUGGACUGGUGACAGAAACUUGGAUUACAGAUGUUGCAGAUAAAACUGGUUUAGCACCAGAAAAGAUUAGGGAAAUAAAUAUGUAUAAGAAGAAUGAGCAGACACACUUCAAACAAAAACUUGAUCCAGAGAAUUUAAUACGGUGUUGGAAUGAGUGUAUGGAGAAAUCUGCAUACUACAGUAGGAGAACAGCUAUCAAUGAAUUUAACAAACAAAAUUACUGGAAGAAAAGAGGGAUUGCCAUUGUACCGAUGAAAUUUCCAUUUGGACUAGGAACACCUUACCUUUCUCAGGCUGCUGCACUGGUUCAUAUUUAUACUGAUGGGUCUGUGCUUCUGACACAUGGUGGAAUUGAAAUGGGGCAGGGUAUUCAUACAAAAAUGAUCCAGGUUGCUAGUCGGGAAUUGAACAUCCCCAUGUCAUGUAUUCACUUCUGUGAAACAAGCACAACAACUGUUCCUAAUGCAUGUGCCUCAGUAGGAUCUGCAGGGACAGAUGUCAAUGGCAUGGCCGUGAAGGAUGCUUGCCAAACUCUUCUGAAACGCCUGCAGCCCAUCAUCAAGGAGAACCCAACAGGGACCUGGAAUGAUUGGAUUAAAGAAGCUUUUAAGCAGAGUGUGAACCUUUCAGCUACUGGCUAUUUUAGAGGUUACAAUGAAUACAUGGACUGGGAGAAAGGGGAAGGACACCCAUUCACAUAUUUUAUUUUUGGAGCUGCUUGUUCAGAGGUUGAAAUUAACUGUCUAACAGGAGAUCACAAGAACCUCAGGACAGACAUUGUUAUGGACGUUGGAUGUAGCAUAAAUCCAGCUGUGGAUAUAGGACAGAUUGAAGGUGCUUUUGUUCAAGGUAUUGGACUGUACACGAUGGAGGAGUUAAAGUAUUCUUCAGAAGGAGUCCUCUAUACUCGGGGUCCAGAUCAGUAUAAGGUCCCUGCUGUUUGUGAUAUUCCAGAACAGUUUAGUGUUUCCCUGCUGUCCUCUUCUCAGAAUCCUUAUGCCAUCUAUGCAUCCAAGGGGAUAGGUGAAGCAGGAUUUUUCUUGGGAUGUUCUGUGUUCUUUGCUUUGAGAGAUGCAGUAACUGGUGUGAGGAAUGAAAGAGGACUGAAAAAGACCUUUGCACUGAAGAGCCCCCUGACUGCUGAGCAAAUACGGGCAAACUGCACUGAUGCAUUUACUGAGAUGAUGGCAAACAAUGAAGCUGCUUCCUCCUCGGGCCACAUCUGUGUGAAUGACAAACCAUAGUGCACAAGACUGGAAUGGAAAACUGAUUUACUGCCCCAAGACACACUAAUCAACACACAGAUAAAUGUAUUUUCUCUUUUUCUGAAUAGAACCAGCUACCAAAAAUAGGCACUUUAUAUCUUACAUCCUUAUCUUCAUUCUUCCUCCAGUGGACUCAUUGCAGUAUUUUGCUUAAAGAAUUGCAUUUAAUUGUUAGGAAUAAAUCAUCUGCAUUUGAACCAUGUAUUUUCAACAGGAAAGAUCUGCUGAUCAGCACAGCUCAAAUGCUGAAGGAGAGGAAAG